GCUCAAAAGACUUUCUAUCUCAUUAAAAUUUUGCUUAGUUAUCCCCAGAAGAGAGGGCUGGAAUGCCAAUUACCAUAAAUUUGCAGACAAUGGCCUGUCCCCGGCAGAAAUCUAAUGGCAGGGGAAAGCUGUUUUCUGUGGGUUUUGGGGUGUGGAGAGAGGUAUUCUAAUAAUAGGACGCCAUUAGCUCAGGAUAAAAGGCUCAAGGGCAACGCUGGCAUCCAUUAGGAGUUCCUAAUUAGAGUCUGCUACUUAAUGAGAUGGAGGGAAGCGGCCAGAGAACAGGCCGGGAACAGGGCGAACUCUUCAUUCCCUCAAUGCUCCGGCGGGAUGCACACGCAUUUAAGACCUACUGGUCACAUGCCUUUAGUGGUUUGAGCAGAAAUGAAGCGUCUUAUCAAAUUGGUUUGUUCUUUCUCUUCUCUCUUAGAAUAAAUAUGGGGGGGUGGAGAUUGAAAAUAUGGUUUUGUAGGAAAUUAAGAGGUGCUGGAAUUAUUGGAAACCUUCCUGAUUUAAUGCUAUGGGAGCCCUCACGCCUGAGCUAGGGACCCUCCCCCAAGAACUGCGCAGUCCCGCGCAGGAGGCAGGGGUCCCCAGCACGUGGGGGUGCCGACGGGGCGGGAAGCGUGGCUGGCAUUUAAACUCCCCUCGUGUUAGAGUCGAUGGCGCAGGGCGAGCCGGUUACGCGCAGCCGUCAUCCCCCGCCACAUCGUGAUGUCGGGCACGUUCGCACAGGCCACCAGCGCCGGCACCGCGCGGCCCGGCUCGGUCUUGGGGCAAAGGCUGCGCGAGAAGGGAGCGCCCGCGGCGCACUGGCCCAGAGGCCCCCCCUCCCCCAACGAGCCGCGGGCGACCGCGGGCAGCGGCGGAGGCCUGAGACCCCGCGGGGCUUGGGGUCCCGAAGGGCGGCCAGAGGGCGCAGAGCGGCGUAAGGAGGAGAAACAGCGAGGCGCCGGCGGACGUGGAGCACGUCCCUCCGCGUCCCCGGGUCCGCGAGGGACCUCUCUCCCGCUUCCUGAGGCCCCACGAACAACGCGCUUCGGAGGCGCAGCGCGCAGGCCCGGGCCAGCCCCUAAGAAAGCGCGGACCCCCGGCUGCGCCAGCCGCAAACGUGGCCACGGCGACCGGGCGCCUCCGCCCACCACCCCCGCCGAGCUACUGUUUCCCCGGAGGCGGUCACCAUGGGGGCAGCGCGGGGGCUCGUGGUCCUCGGGAUCCAGCGCGGCUCCCGAGUCCCAACCGCCUCCCCGCCACCGGCACGCCCUGCGGGAGGCGGCCACCCUCUUCCUGCUGAGUCCCCGCGGAUCGGCCUCCCACCUCCACGCGGGCGCCCCCGGGAUGACACGGAGAUUCAAGAAGGAAUCUGGAGGAAACGUGAAAGUGUGGCCUCAAGCAUCCCCAACUCCCUGCAGCUCCGGCCGGCCGGCAUGGAGACAGGAGGGACCCUCUGGACCUCACCGAGAAGGGGGAGAGCAAAGUCCCCAAAGACCUGCCAGUGGACGAGGAAGACAUUUCCUCUGACUUCAGCUGCCUUUUAUUCCUACAGACAGCUGCUUCCUGCCGAGGUCAGUUCUAAUUAAGACUGGACCCCGAUGGUAAAUGCUAUUUUUAAAGAUUUUGUGCGAAAUCAGGUUGAUUAGAUUUCCAUAGGCUCAGA